AUGGGCUGUUUCAGCAACAACAAUGCUCGUAAGAAGAGCAAAGGGGACGACCCGACGAUGGAGUACUAUCCGCUCGGCGUACUCGACGUGCGCGCCAACGCAGGCUUCAUCCCUGUCGUGCUGAUGCGCUUCAACGACGUCCUCGAAGGGGACAAGCUCAGAGACGCUUUGACGCGGUUGCUACAGACAGGAGACUGGCGCAAGCUGGCAGGCCGCUUCGUCGCCGACCCUACCGACAAGAAGCUUUGCCGGGUCGAGGUCCCGCGCGAUCCCAAGCGAAUCGGAACCGCUGAGUGGCCUGCGGUGGAAUACUCCAAUGCGCACUUCGACGUCUGCAUCGACGACCACCCGCUUGGCCGCAAGAUCCCGGCUGCCAACCAAGACCUCAAGGCGCAGGCCGGCAUCCAAGAAUUCGCCUCCUUCUGGAAGGAGCCUUGGGCGCCAAAGAUCCAGACGGUGCAGUGCUAUAUUCGCCAUGGCAGGAAGCCUGUAAGCCUGAGAGUCACAACGUUCGCCGACGCAACACUCGUGGGGGUCUCGUGGAUGCAUGUUGUCAUGGACGGGCUCGCGUUCAAGGCAUUCAUGACGGCGUGGACACUCUCUCUUGCAGGCCGGCUGGAUGAGGUGAAGCCCGUGAGCCGCGCCCAUGAAGAUGUGUUGAAGCCGCUCUACGAGGCUGACACGGCCGCUGCCAGCGUGGCAUCGUCCGUGGCGCUCGACAAAGAGAAGUCAUCAGGGACCAUCACCCCGGAGGACGCAAACGACGUGCACGACGCGGCCUCCAGGAUCCCCCGAGAGCCCUAUGCGUUGGCAGACAAGUCCAUCUCGGGCUGGUCCAGGACUAUCGUGUUCCUCCGAUUCAUGGUCUAUCUCCUCUUGCAACCUGGAGCCACGAGCCGCACCCUCGUGCUGCCUCCGGCGUUCCUGGCCGAGCUGCGCGAAGAGGCCGAGCGGGGACUGCCUCCUGUGGACUCCAAGGAUGGCAGCCGGCCCUUUGUCAGCGAUGGCGAUAUCCUCUGCGCCUGGCUCACGCGCCUGGUCGCCCAGUCGCACGGCUGGCGCGGCCCCAUCAUGCAGCUCAACCUUGUCGACUUGCGCAGCCGCGUCCCCGGCGUCUUUGAUCCACAGGCCGUCUAUCUGCAGAACAUGUGUAUACCGGCGAUCACGCUCCUGGACGCAGGCGCGCUUCCUUCGGCCGGUGCUGCCAGGUCGACGCCACAAUCCUCCCCGUCGGUGCUGGGCAGCUGGGCGGCAGAGAUACGCGGGUCCAUCGCCCAGCAGGCGACCCCUGGCCAGCUGCGUGCCUUCUACCGGCGAGUCCUGCCAAAGCCGCUCGGAGAGGGCGCCUCAUGCAUCAUGGGCGGGCCCAAGACGUCGAUUACUUGCGUGAGCAACUGGGUCAAGGCCAAGUUCAUCCUCGAGACCGACUUCAGCCCGGCAGUCGUACCGGCCACCCGUAGUGUUGUCAACAUGGCGGCGGCCAAGGAGAUUGAUGUCGAGGCUGGCCUUGCGCCUCCGCCGACACCAUCGGGCAAGAUGGUCGGCAUGCUGUCUGGGCAGUUCCACAACGCUCGCACGAACCGCGACACGACGACCCUGGUCGGCAAGGACCAUCAGGGCAACUACUGGCUUUCGUUGUUCCUGGCAAAGGGCGUGGUCAAGACUGUGGAGAAACACAUCGAGCGCGCCGAACAGGCGAGGGCUCGCCGAUGA